UUAGACAUACACCCUCCAACGUUUGGAGCAUCGUGUCCAACUGGCCCCUUGGUUGCGUAUGCAGAACGAGGCAUUUUUUCAGCAUUAGUGAACUGGACCGAGCCGGUCGCAAUUGACACCUCAGGGAUUGUUCCUUUGGUGACGUCAAACUACCGAACCCCGCAGAGGUUCAGUCAAGGCUCUCACCUGAUCACGUACACUGCUGUGGACCAAUCAGGAAACAGGGCCACGUGUUCGUUUACUAUCGAAGUCUUGGGUAAGAAUCUUCCACUUUGCAUUCCGCAACGAAUUUCGUUUCGGUGUUUAGUCCUCCGAAUUUGUAUAUUAUCGGAUUCGAGGAGGGGAACGCCGUAAUGAGGGACGCGGGCUUCUCCCCUUUCACCUGUCUGCUCGCGCUUUCUAGUUCUGUUCACUUGGACCAAAUCUGAUUUUCCUGAUGCCUCCACCGUAGUUCUAGCGAGCCCCACCGUAGGGUAAUCGCUAAACCAAAAGAAAUCUUUCUGUAAAAAAUUAUAUCAUCCUAGUUUUUAAAAGUUUAAGGGGAAGGAGUCAUGGAUGAGAGGACAACAGACGUGCCCUCUUGACAAAAUAUUUUAACAUGUCAACAGUAACCUCGGACGUCAGCAUACAAUAAUAAGCUUACUAAUAUACUUGUUGACUGGCAUUUGUAAGUUAACAUUAAACGUGGAUCAGUUGAUCGGGUUUUUUUGUUUUCGAUGCGGAAUUUUUUUUUCCCACUGUCAUUAACUUUAAAACAUUGAAACAUUUGCUCCGUUUUGCUAGUUAUCAACUGUACAUCACUGAUGGUUUCCCCCGGGGGUCCACUGCGCAUGGCCAGCUGUGCCAACCAUUAUGGAUCAAAAUGUAAUUUCUCCUGUGCGACUGGUUACCGUCUGAAUGGUUCUUCAACUGUCACGUGUGUUGCCGUUGGUAACGGGCCCCAGGGAUUCUGGGACAGCCCCAUGCCAGUAUGUCAAGGUGGGUUAAAACUAGGAAUCUGUUUUUAUUAA